CUUGUCGACUGUCAUCAUGAGUCAGGUUGUUCAGCGCUGUGGUCUUGUCUCAAACAGCCUCUGCAAAGCCUCUUUUGAUCCUACAUGUUGAAGUCAGUAAUGAGGACGUGGGUUUUAUUCUCAGUGCGGCACCUCUUUUGAAUCCGGCAUGUGCCAGUUUGUCAGUGUUACUCAACAGUGUUUGUCUCCCCACACAGUGAAGUGGACUCUCAACCGUUAACUGUUUGAAUUCAGACUAUCCAUUUAAAGGCUAACAUUAUUUUAUUGCUUAUUUUAAUUUUGCUUAAAAUGCUACCUAUCUUAAGAAGAGCAUGACUCAUAGUUAUGGCACUAUACUGAAGAACUAAGGUUACAUGUAGUCUAGAAUUAAUUCUCAAUUCAUUAGCUGAGUCAUUGUACAUUCAUUAAAGCAAUUUCUCUUGUAGUAAAGCAAAAGGGUUCUGUAACCACCCCACUUUAAGAAAAGUCCUCCAAACUGAUUCAAACAGAACGUUCACAGCAGAUAUGAAAUGUUGGAAGUUUCUUCUAUUUUGUUUUUGUUUAAUAUUCAAGAAUUUAAGUUACAACCAGUUUUAGCAAAUGUGUUUUUGUUAUAAAUUCUAACCCCGAGGAUUGUUUUGAUAGAUUACACUGCAUGAGUUCAAACCAAAUAGUGUUGUGCUAGUAGUGUUUGACACAUCUCAAUGGCAGCGAUGUCAGGUUGAUCGAUGUGAUUGAUUUUAAAUUUGAUAUCUGGUGGCAGACGUUCCUUCAGUGUACCUUUCAUUACAUCUGCACUCGCUCCCCCCCCAGCCCCUAAAGUGGAGCGUCUGGAUGACAACUCCUGCGAAGUCACAUGGGAGGCCCUGCUGCCCAUGAAGGGGGACCCGAUCAUCUACACCUUGCAGUGCAUGAUGGGAAACUCUGAGUUUAAACAGGCGUACAAAGGCUCUGCCACAUCCUUCCAUGUUCAGAACCUCCAGCCCAACAGCGACUACCGUUUCCGUGUGUGCGCUAUCAGGCAGUGCCAGGACGCCCCUGAGCUGAGCGGCCCCUACAGCACCACAGUGACCCUCUCCCCCCAGCGGAACGACAUGGCGGUGGGCGGCGGUGCGACUGGCUCGGGAUCCAGGGCCGGCACAGAGUCCAACCGAGCCAGACGAAGCCUGACGGACGAGCAGUGCGCGUUCCUCCUCCUCAUGGUUUUCGCCGUCAUUGCCAUUCUCAUUGCUUUUGUCAUCCAGUACUUUGUUAUUAAAUGAGCAGUUUGCGCACCCAGUUGCAGGGUUAUAGCUUUAUUCUUUCCCCCUUUCUCUGUUGUUUUGUAUUCUUUGUUUUGUACUUACUGUUUUCUGUUGUCAACAGAGUAAUCCCGUUACGAGCAGGAAGGAAGGCUUUUGAGUGAGAGCUGAAUAGCAGUUAAAAUGAAGGAUGUAACACCUUAUUCAGCACGUGUUAUACCUUCCUGACUAUCCUGCCUUUGUCACCCUGUGGUAUCUGUUGUUCAGUUCAGAAUUCUGUUCCUUCAUGAUCAGCUUCCUGCGCAAAAGAAACUCAGAAUGAGCAGGGAUAUGGUUUAUUUUGGGGAGAGGGUCGGGAGGGAAGGGGCGCUUCGACUCAUGUUCUUGUUGACUAAAUAUAUAUAUAUAUAUAUAUUUAUAUAUGUGUGUAUAUAUAUAUAUAUAUAUAUAUGUGUGUGUGUGUAUAGAAAUAGUCAUUAUUUAUAUUUCCAUUAAUGUGUCCAGUAUGAAACUGUUUUUGAUAGAUGUGUUCCAAAAAUAGUAUGUAGGUGUGUCAUUAGCCUAUGUGCUAUUUGAUCCUGGGACCUGGUGGGCCAGUGUUUGCACAGUGGGGUGUGUGUGUCCAGAUGUGUAUACUGUACGUAGUUAGUGCCACAGAGGUACACGGCUGGGAGGGCUUCAGGGCCAGAUGAAGGGACUUAACCCCCUGCUGGAGUUUAAGGGGUCUAGUGAGAGAAGAAACAGAAAUGAAAAUCUUGUUCACAAUAUAGAACGUUCAUUUAGCACUUUCCAAUCUUUUUGAUGUUCAGAAUGUUUAAGGAUGCAAAAAUGACUGGAGAAAUGUUAGUAUAUUUUUGUACAGUAAAGACACAAGGACCUGUAAGUUUGAGGGAAAAAAAAUGCUCAGUAUGAUUAGAAAACAAACAAAAACCAAACUAACAGUGAAUUCUAAUUAUUUUUACUAUCAUAUAGUUAUACUGCUGCUUUACUCCGAAAUAUUGUUGUUCAGCACAAAAAAUGUAUGCUUACUUGUAUGUUUUGUUUUAUUUUGUUUUUUGUUUUUCCCCAGUAAUUGAUUUUGCACCUUAGUGAAAGGAAACCUUGACUGACUGCGUCUUGGUCUUGUGAUGCAUUUUAUAGAACACACUUUGAGAUUGUGCAAGCCCUACUUGUGUUUUGGGUGUUUUAAAAGUUGUAGUACCACAUAAUGUGUCACUGAAACAGCUGAUCUAUCUCAGCAAGAAAAAAACGGAGGAAAAAAAAGUAUGUACCAGUUGUUUCAGAGGCCUUAAUUGGAGAGGAAAAAAAUCUCGGGAGAAUUUUCUUAAUUUCUCUUAAGUUUCUAUGUUUUUCUUUUAGUGUUAGAAAACACUAAAAUGUGUUUUAUUUACUUUUAUUUUUGCAACAUUUAUUUGAUGUUAGUAAACCUACGUAAUCAGGAGAGAAAUGGAAAGUAGUUCUAUGUAUUACUUAUGAUUUCUUUUGAUUUCUUUUGUCAAGUCAAACAUGUGUGAAGUAUAUUUUUUUAUAAUAUUGAAGUAAUAUAAGUUAAUACUCUCCAGAGAAAAUAAUAAAUCCUGAGUACUCAUGAAUCAUGGAACGCAAAUGGCAGAUACAAAAAUGUGUUAUAUCAUGUACUUCCUGUGAAUCUAAAUUUGCCUUUUCUCUGUGUGUUAAGUAUUUGUAACAGAUUGCCAGUGCUGAGUUUUCAGUUGUAAUCUGGCUGUAGGGUCUAGUGUUGUUUGGUUUUGGGCAGAUAAUUGCUGUUGCAACCAUAAAAAUGAAAUACAGGUACCUUGCAAAACGUCUUGGAUAAUUACAUGAUUUGGUCUUUCAGACAUUCUGCAAAUGUCUUCUCUUUGUCAUUUAAAGAAUUCAAAUUCCUAUUUUUGAUAGCGAUUGCAACGUGUGCCAUUUUAACACCUCUUCACCCAGGGCUUACUACCUUUGGUUGGAGAGAUUAACAAAAUGCUACAAAAAUGAGUAAAAUAUGCACAAAAAUAGAGACCAUUUUUAUGUAAUUUUAAUGUUUGCAGUUACCUCAUACACCGUACAUUCCAAAAUGAAAAUUUGUUAUACUAUACAUACUACCAGACAUAUCACUUUAAAAUGUUCGUUAUGGGAAAAAUGUAUAAUCAUAGAUAUGUAUCAAAAGUGUAUCUGUAUAGCCAUGAUAUCUACAAAGGAUCCAUGCACAAUAAAAGAUUUAUAAUUCUUAAUCAUG